AUGCAAAAAUUUUCACCUAAAGGUUUAAAUGGGCUCACAGAGAAGCAUACUCGGACACUUCGCCAAAUUGUUAACAAAGACUAUUUACUCCUUAAUGCUGAAAGCCCAAAUUUAGGGGCUUGUAGGAGUGGUGAGGAGCUUAAUUUGAAUACAUUACCGAAUUCAGUCCUAGAACUCCCAUUUUUGCCCUACUAUAAUGUAAAAUAUUCUAUAGAUAAUAUCACUAUGUGA